UUUGAGCUUUUGUCAACCGGUCAAAAGAGCGAUCCGACGCGCGUGUAAAAACAAAUUUGUAGCACGUUUCUUUUAUUUUAAUCUGUAAUAAACGUGGAAUUUAUUACCUUAGUCGUGUAUAGACUUCCGGGAAGAACUUUAUUUAUCAUUAUUGACUAUAACUAUAUUGAUUAUUGAAAAUAAAAAAAAACUAGAAAUGACCAGCAAGAAGGUAAAAGUUGAAUCACACGAAGAAGGUGACGCCGAACAGAUGGACGCGAAGAGUGAUAGCGAUGACUCCAGCGACGACGAGAAUCCCGACAUCUACAAGGGCGAUGAGGGUAUCACCGUGGAUUUUGAGGGACGCAAUCCAAUUGAUUCCGAUUUGGAUGGGAUCAAGCAGAUGCUGGGACAGCUCUUCGUGAAGGCACACAUUGACCUAAACGAGCUUUCCGGAUUGAUAAUCGGACAAAAUUACGUUGGAAGCGUUCUAAAGCAAGCCUACACGGAUGACGACGAUGAGGAAGAAGACGAGGAUAUGGAAGAUCCUUGUCAAAUUGUAUUCGGGGUGACAACGGCAAUCAAUCUUGCCAACAAGCAGGAUCAAACAUGCAUCAAGCAGCUCCAGAAAAUGGUAUUUGAGAAAGCGGAAAAAUAUGCUACGGAUUCGGUGCUCAAGUUGUUUCGCGAUGCCCUCCAAAGCGGAUCCAAAAGCACGGCCCUGUUGUUGAACGAGCGCUUCGUUAACAUUCCGGCCGCAGUUUGUGUGCCAAUGUUCGAGAACCUGAUGGUCGAGAUGGAUCGAGCCCGGGUGAAGGGAAUGCCAUACAAGUUCGACUAUUACCUAAUGUUCGUUAAGUACUACCAGAAGGCUGCCGCAGGUGUCAAACCGGCGGAGAUAUUGUACUCCAAUGAUGAGGAGGAGUACUUCAUCAAGGACAGCUUGGCGAGCUUCGACUAUUCGGUGCAGAAAGAAACCACGACGGCGCUGGCUGGAAAUUGGUUGGAAGAGGAUGAAGAGCUGCAGCCGUUCAGGAAAGUUUUGCUAAUCGAGGCCAACAAGUUACCGGAUAUUGUGGGCGCGGUAAAGAGUUUGAUUGCGGGUGCAAUCAAUAAUUGAAUUUAUAUUAGGCAGAAUUAUAUGCGUGAAUGAGAGAACUAAA